AUGCAAUACCAGCAAAUCGAAGAAUCAAAGAAAGUUCGCAUCUUCCCAAGGCGAAAGGCCUUCCAAGACGCUCGACCUCACAAAGGCAAGGCCCUCAUGGUCGACAUCUCCACCCUCCAGCCGCUCUUCGGACUCCCGCAGGAGGAGGCCAGCAAGCUCCUGGGGAUCUCGGUGACGGCGAUGAAGCAGCUUUGCAGGAAGCUGGGGGUAGGGCGGUGGCCAUACCAGAAGCCCACGCACAAGGAGAGAGCAUCUCCUAUUUCCCAAGAUUUUGAUGCUCAGAUAUCUGUUUCCGUUGUUGACGAGCCGAGCAUGCUUCUCUGCUCUCUUCCAGAACCGAUAGAGAAUGUUUCUUUCCACAGCUUUGAGGAGCAAGAAAGGAGACCUGAAUUGAGCUCACUUCCUAGCUGGGACAGCGAGGCAACAACGGACACUAGCAGCGACUUUGAUCUAGACUUUAGUGAUACGAGUGAGAUAGAGAAUGAGCUUGAGAGUUUGCUCGAGCCGGAAUUCAGCAUGAUUGAUCCUUUUCGGCCUCUGCUAUAG